AUGCCUGGACUUGUGUCGGCCACCGGGGUGUUGGCCUUCUUGGCCGACGAAGAGCCCGAGCUCAAGGUUUUUGCUUUGCAGACUUUGAACGAUGAUAUUGAUACUGUCUGGACGGAGGUGGCUGGCGCCCUGAAUCAAAUCGAAGCGCUGUAUGAAGAUGAAACUUUCCCCGAACGUCAACUCGCUGCGCUUGUUCUCGCCAAAGUGUACUAUCACCUUCAAGCAUACAACGAUAGCAUGGUUUUCGCUCUGGCUGCUGGAGACCUCUUCAAACUGGACUCACCUGGCGAGUUUGAGGAAACUAUCAUCUCCAAGUGUGUUGAUCAGUAUAUUGCCACAACCGCUGCCAAAAACUCCAAGCCACGCGCUGCGAAGAAUAUUGAUCUACCGGAGCUUACGACAACCUUUUCCAAUGCUUCAGAAAGCGCCGUCAUGUCCCCAACGACUCCGUUUUCUCACACGACGCUGCCUCCAAAGUCUCUACUUUCGCGUGCGUCGCUCGAUAAUACUAUACUCGAUGCCACGUUUCAGCCUGUUGUCAAGCAGGGUCGAUCCGGCUCAAUUGCUGAGCUCCCUAGUAAAGACACUGAGGAUUCGCUACAGCGUGUGAUUGAGCGCCUAUUUGCGAGCUGCUUGAAGCAGGGCCGGUAUAGGCAAGUGGUUGGUAUUGCCGUCGAAGCCAGGAAUCUCGAUGUUUUGCGGCGUGUCAUCAAGCAAGCCAGUGAAGACGAAAAGAAUGUCAAGUCCAAGUCGCAGGAUGGCCCCCAGGGUCCCGCUGAGGAGCUCAUGGAAUAUACCCUUGGUAUUUGCAUGGACAUUGUGCAGGAGCGGAGUUUUCGUACCGAGAUAUUGCGGCUAAUUCUCGAUCUUCUGAACGACAUUCCUAACCCGGAUUAUUUUGCCAUCGCUAGAUGUGUUGUCUACCUGAACUCAGACGAGGAAGCCUCUCGCAUGCUUCGUACUUUGGUCGCCAAUGGCGACCCUACCUCAAUUGCUAAUGCCUAUCAAAUAGCAUUUGACUUGUACGACAACGGAACGCAAGAAUUUUUAGGCAAGGUCCUCGCAUCUUUGCCUAAAGCAAAGCCAGCAAAGGAGAGUAAGGAGACGUCUGAUGAUUCCACAGAAAGCGACGCACUUCUGGAUAAUCAAGAAAACGAACCUGAGGAGGAACUCGCUGAAGGCGAAGCUAAGGUUUACCGGAACAUCCGUUUGAUCCUUGAUGGUUCAAAAACGAUUCGACUCAACCUUGAGUUCCUCUACCGCAAUAACCACACCGACCUGAGCAUCCUAAACAAGGUGCGCGAUAGCUUGGAGGGCCGCAACUCCAUUUUCCAUACUGCCGUGACAUUUUGCAAUGCGUUCAUGAAUCAGGGUACAACCAACGACAAGUUCUUCCGAGACAACUUGGAAUGGCUAGGCAAGGCCGUCAACUGGUCAAAAUUCACCGCCACAGCCGCGCUGGGAGUCAUCCACCGAGGCAAUCUGUCGCAGUCUCGAAAGCUCCUCGAGCCUUAUUUGCCUCGGCAAGGAGGUCUUAGCAGUGGUUCGAUCUUUAGCCAAGGUGGCGCCCUGUAUGCCUACGGUCUUAUUCACGCCAACCAUGGCGCUGAUGCUCUGGACUAUCUUAAAACGCAGUUCAGCCAAGCUGAGGAGGAAGUCGUGCAACAUGGCGGCGCUCUCGGUUUGGGUAUUGCUGGCAUGGCUACCGGCAAUACAGAGAUUUUCGAAAAGCUCAAAGAAAUUCUGUUCCAGGAUUCGGCCCUCAAUGGUGAGGCCGUCGGUCUCGCAAUGGGUCUUAUCAUGUUGGGAACUGGCAACGUGAAAGCCCUAGAGGACAUGAUCACUUACGCCCAUGAGACAACACAUGAAAAGAUCGUCCGUGGUGUUGCUCUGGGCAUGGCACUGAUUAUGUUUGGUCGACAGGAAGGAGCGGAUGUUUUGAUUGAAGGACUUCUGAAUGAUCCAGAUCCCACCCUACGAUAUGGCGGUAUCAUGACCGUUGCUUUAGCCUACUGUGGAACUGGAAGCAACAAGGCAAUCAGAAAACUGCUUCACACUGCCGUCAGUGAUGUGAACGACGACGUUCGUCGAAUUGCCGUCAUGAGCUUGGGUUUCAUUCUCUUCCGGAAGCCUGGCAGCGUGCCUCGGAUGGUAGAGCUUCUUUCUGAGUCAUAUAACCCUCAUGUUCGCUACGGAUCUGCCAUGGCACUGGGAAUUUCGUGCGCCGGAACUGGCCUCGACGAGGCCAUCGAUCUGCUCGAGCCUAUGAUGAAGGACCCUACGGACUUCGUCCGCCAGGGAGCCCUCAUCGCCCUUUCGAUGAUCAUGGUUCAGCAGAACGACAUUAUGAACCCCAAGGUCCCGGCUAUUCGCAAAACACUCAAGAAGGUUGUUGGUGACCGCCACGAAGAUGCCAUGACCAAGUUUGGUGCAGCUCUUGCUCUCGGAAUCAUCGAUGCUGGUGGUCGCAAUUGCACCAUUGGCCUCCAAACACAAACUGGCAAUCUCAACAUGGCUGGAAUUGUUGGAAUGGCUGUAUUUACUCAAUACUGGUACUGGUUCCCCUUCACUCACUUCUUGUCCCUGAGUUUCUCACCGACGGCUAUCAUUGGUCUUGAUCAUGACUUGGAGAUGCCUGAUAUCAAGUUCCACUGCGCUACUCGGCAGAGCCUAUUUGACUACCCACCUGAGCAGGAGGUCAAGGUCGAAGAAGGCCCUGCUUUGAUUGCCACGGCGAUUCUGUCAACGACUGCGCAGGCCAAGCGCCGUGCCCAGAAGAAGGAGCGCGCCCAAAGACGGGAGAGUAUGGAUAUUGAUCCUGCACCUGCCAAAGGAGACGACAAGAUGGAUGUGGACGAGGAGAAGAAAAAGGACGACUCUAAAGACAAGAAGGACACUGAGGAUAAGGAUGCUGUUUCCUCGGACAGCAAGAAAAAGCCCGAGAAAGAGAAGGUUGGCUAUGAUAUCGAGAAUAUGAGUCGCGUUUUGCCGGGACAGCUGAAGUAUGUCAGCUUCACAGGUGGCCGAUAUAAGCCCGUUAAGAAGCCCACUGGUGGUCCCCUUCUUCUCGACGAUACUCAACCCAAUGAGCCAAAAUCGCUCAUUGAAGAGAAACUCAAGAAAGUUACCACCGAACGUGCUCCCGUCGCAGGUCAGGCCCGAAGCGGGGCCAGAUCUGGUGCGCAGACCAGGUCCUUGUUGGACGGGGCUGUUGACCCAGCUCGCGGGGCCUCAAAUAGUCAGGCCCUAAGCCAGCUUCUCCGAGGCCAGGGAUCUUUCUUAGGUGAUCCUCAGACACCUGGCGGAAAUCAUGGAAUAGGCGCGGGAGCUGCGGCUGCGGCUGGUGUGUUGACUGCCGUUGACGAGGACGGAGAAGGGGAUGAGGAGGCCCCAACACCAGGCGAAUUCGAGUACUUCACAGACGGUGAGGACAGUGACGAUUAG